AUGGAGGACCUGUUUCGCCACGAGGACAACGAGGGUGUGGUCGCGGCCGUCGCCGACGAAGACGCUGUUGCAGAUCGGAUCUUAGCGCUGUCCCUACCGACAGUGCUGCUGAACAACGCGCGCCAAGCCCUUGGUGGCAUCAUCAGGCGCGCAGGCGAGGUUGUGCCCUUUGCCAGCCUGCUGUUUGCGCUUUGCCGGGAUAUUUAUGCGCGCGUGAACACGUUGAAGGAGAACAGGGAGUUGGCGCGUCAAGUGGGUGAUCGCUGCCAGCAGGUGCUGCGCCAUGCACCGACUCUCCGCGCAUACUUCUCCCAUCCGACACGCAAGGAAUGCAUGAAGCAAUUGGAGGGCUGUAUUGAAGCGGCACUGCUUGCACAACGCAUUGUGUACCACGUCACGCAGCAAGCGCUUCAGGAAGACUGCGAUGAGGAGCAGCAGCCAAGACUGCAGCGACGGCACCAACUGCGCUUGUCCGGCUACUUUGGGACUGAUGAAGACGACAACGAUGACGAUGACGAUGACGACGAAGACGAAGAUGGAGAUGGAGAUGGAGAGGAACGCGAGUCCACGGCGGCAAAACGAGACCAUCACCAGCAGGGGCAACAGCAGAGGCAACGGAGAAUGUGGUGGUGGCGUGUCCGCCGGCUGUUCCCAAGCCGUGCAGCAGUGCGGAGACGAGCAGGUACAUGCAAGCAGCUGCUGUCGUGCCGCCAAGUGGCCAUCGAGCUGAGGACCGCAAAGAAUCAGCUUGACGACAAGUCCAUCUCCCUGCUGCUUGAGUCCAUGGCGGCGGUGUUUGCAGAGGUCACUACGCUGAGGCAAGAGCAGCAACGACCACAACGUUUGCACCACCACUACUUUGUCCACGUUGCGUGGCACCAACCUGACGAGGCAGGUGCUGGGGCCGAGGCCGGCCCACCAGCAAGGAGACAACAGCAACGCCACCUACUCCUCUUGACUUCAGGCAGCGAGGACGACGAUGUGAGGGGACGCGAACAUGGCGGUGACGGCGUUGAUGGCGAAGGGCAGGGCAGCGACGCAGCUGCAGCGACCUGUAUGUUUCUUCCUCCUUACGCUCGCUCCAACUCAUGAUGUGUCUUCCAACCGACGCUUCUUCUGCUCGCAAUGAGAACUCGUUUAUGACACGCAAGCAAACAACCUAACUUUGAAAUAUGAACGGCGG